AUGCUGGGUGACGCAUUUCCUUUGUCAAAUCGCGUGGGUUUGGAGGUUUGUGAUGAUGCCAUCAAGUCGGCGCACACGCUGGGCGAUGUCAGCACUUUGGGCAACACAGGGAUUGUGUUAAGCAUCUUCGAGAAGGGGAAUCUGGGCUACGUUGAGAUGGACAGGAGUUCGGGUCAACACACAGAUCUUCCAUUGGAGGUGAGGAGGGAUUUAGUGGAGAGGGCUUCAACAGGUGGUGUUCCAUGA